AUGACUACAGACGAGUUCGUUGCACGUUCCCAUAUCCUACACCGGGCCUUCUCUGAGAGGCCUGCAAAGGUAGUGGGUGGCGAGGGUAUCAAUCUUCUCUUGGAGGAUGGUAUGAAAGUGAUCGAUGCGAGCUGUGGCCCCUCGGUGUCCUGUCUAGGUCACACCCAGCCUGAGAUUUUCGACGCUAUCACGAAUCACCUCAAAAACGACAUCGCCUACGUCUACUCCGGCUCUCCCUACACAAACCGUGCGACCGAGAAACUUGCGGAUAUUCUCCUCUCUCAGAAGCCUGGCGGUUUAUCUAAGGCAAUUUUUGUCAAUUCGGGUAGCCACGAAUUGCGUAGAGAAUUCUACAAGGAUUUUAUGUCAUCUAAUGUGUCCUUUGUCGAUCCGUGCUACUCUUACCGCAUGAAGUUGGAGACAGAAUCAAACGAGGAGUUCGUGCAGCGAUUAGCUCGGCAUUUCGAGCAAGAAAUAAUACGUGUUGGCCCCGAUCGCGUUGCGGGCUUCAUCGCUGAGACCGUCAGUGGCACAACUCUCGGCUGUUUGCCCGCUGUACCUGGUUAUUUCAGAGCUAUCCGGGAUAUCUGCGACAAAUAUGAAAUUCUGUUGAUCUUGGACGAAAUCAUUUGUGGCAUGGGCAAAACGGGCACUAUGCACGCUUGGGAGCAGGAGGAUAUACGCGGUCCUGAUAUUCAGACCAUCGGUAAGGCCCUCGGUGCAGGCUUCGUCCCUCUUUCGGGAAUUUUACUCCACCAGAAGAUAUUCGAUGCGUUGUCUGUAGGCUCAGGUGGUCUCGCGCAUGGUCACACAUUCCAGGCUCACCCCCUCGCGUGCGCUGCUGCCGUCGCAGUCCAGAAGAUCAUCAAGCGAGAUAAUUUGAUUGAGCGAGUGGCGGAGAUGGGCCAUAAGUUCGAAGCACUUCUCCGUCAAGAUAUCGGCCCUCUCCCAAUCGUUGGUGAUAUCCGUGGCCGGGGUCUAUUCUGGGCCAUCGAAUUUGUGCUCGACAAGAACGCAAAGUCUGCCUUCCCGCCCAAAGACACAUUUUGUGGCAAUGUUGUCAAGACCGCUCUCAAUAUGGGGUUGAAUAUUCUCGGAAAUUUAGGCCACACUGGUGAAUAUCAGGUUGAUCAUGUCCUUGUCUGUCCGGCCUACACUACGACAGACGCGGAGCUUGCAAUUAUCGUUUCGCUUCUUAAAGUUGCAGUUUUGAAGGCAAGUGAGCCAUUUUUUAUGGGAGCAACCUAG